CGACAUAUUAUCGAAUGGUGAUUUCCUCCCUUCUUUAAAAAAACCCUGUCGCGAGAAAAAUCAUGAUGUCUUUUGAAUCUGCUCAUACGAUUGUGAUAGCAAAAUCGUCGAUAAUUGUUGGUGUCCGACCAUGCCUGCUAUCUCAAGCGUGCGAGAAAACGUUGGGAUGAAACGGGGCGGUUUGGUGUUGCCUCGACGUGGAAUGAAUCCGGGUAGAGGUGCCGUACUACAGAGGAGAGUCUGAGAGUGGCCGAACCGAAGGCAGGAACGGGUCGGGAAGUGCUGCGAUGACCGACUGCCCCAGUGCAGCACCGCUCGCGAGCUCUCCCGCACCGCACGAAACGGUGCAGUGUGGCGGGUACGGACCAGCGGCGAUGAACAUAUACGAGAUUUGCAGAUCUUUGACAUUGAAAGUAAAGAGCAAUUAUUCGGUGAUUUCUCCUUUUCUCCUUCUCUUUCCUGAUGACGUAGGAAUGGCAUGACGUCAGCUCUGCAUAGAUAGCGCGCCGCGCUAGAGAUGGAGGUUGUCGGGUGCUUGAUCCCACUGCGUGCGACCAAACAGUCCGACGCUUUAUGGCGAAUGGAAGUGAUUUCUGCAGCAGCUUCUUGAUUCUGCGUUCAUUUCCUAUACUGAAAGAUUUCGCGUACAACAGUAAGUCGGUACUGUAGUUUACGACGUCGCUAAGACUUGUAGUGGUCUUGAUUGGCAGACUUCUAACGUUUCUGACGUACCGAUCACACCUAAUUCAGUCAACUUCGGUCAAGCUUGCCAUUUUUCCGAACCACAGUGUCCUCCCCUAUCAAUGUCAUUGGAUGUGCCUCAUAGCUAUAUAUGACUUGAUGUCGAUAGAAAUGGCUGAGGAGGAAAGAGAGAAGAGGAACUCGCAUGAAAACAAUUCACGUAUGGAGUGUGGAGCCAAAAUACUAACAAGCUGCGAGGAAGCUCAAGGGAGAGGAUAGAAAGAAUACUACCUUAAAUUUGACAUUGAGGACCAAACCGGGAACGUCCGUAGCAAGGUUCGAGUGGAAACUCACCUGCAGCGCUAAGUGUAAGGGAAGGAAGGCAAAGACGGGGAUAAUAAGUUUUUGUUUUUUAUGUUUACUUCUGGCUCCGUUUACUCUUGUGCGACGAAUCUCUCGGGUCCUUAAAAUUUCCCUUGCACUUGAGGUCUUUAACAGCCGAUUCAGAUUCUACCGCGGUGGUGGUCGAUGACGAAGCGGGAACCUACUUACUCCGUUUGUAACCCACUUACUUCGUUCUGACUCGCGGAUUGCGGAUAGGUCCCACCAAUGUAGAACGCGGGAGGUGUCCUCAGCAAGGUGGGUGGGGGACCGGGGGAAAAAUUGCUAUAGUCAGUAUUUCACUUGAGGAAGACUACGGAGGUGAAGUAUCAUGUAUAAGGUACUUAACAUCCGCCGUCCUCGAGUGAAGUACAAUCCAGAACGUGGAGUGAGGAUUGGAAGGUUUGCCGAGUCGAGGCUACUUCCAACACUUGCUUCGACUUACUUCUAGCAGCGGAGGAUUCUUUGAGGCCAUCAAGGUCCUUUUCCUCAGCGAGCUUCUCACGACAACAACUCCACAAUUUUGUCUAGCCGCCCCCCUCACUUGGCCACCAUCCCUACCAUCGCAUUCCUUGCCCUUCGUUCCAUGCCAUUCUCUUCGCGCAACUUGGAGCAGCUUCUCGCUGCAGUAGACCGUACGAUUGAAGACAGUGCUCCCGAAGCACUUACGCCACAGGUUAGAUUGAAUUUUUAGAAUUCACUUCAUGAGCUUUCGACAGGAUCACCACGUCGCACGUGAGUCUGAUAGUUGUUGUUGCUGGUCACUCACUCUAUCAUCUGUCUGCUGCUGCUGCACAUGAGUGUCCGGGGAUAUCCUGCAUUGCAUUGCUUCACUUUGUAGCGGUUGCGUGUUGACUAACGUGAAGGCCCGGCCGCUCCGCAAUUGUUUUUCUUGCUUAGCAUCGUAUAACAUCGGCCUGGCUUUCAGAGUUGGUCCUCUUUCAAUUCGCCGUCAUCGAGGUUGAAUGCGUUGCUUCCUUUCACGAUUCGCUCUCUGACAUCGUUUGUGAAUUUUAAGGACUAAAAACAUUUCGCUCAUCCGUACUGCGGAGAUUAAUCUGACAUUGCCACCAUCAGCAAUUCGACUCGCGCAACUGAUCGUCGUUUCAUUUUCCUUCACCAUCUGCAGGUCAUUCAUCCGGUCCAAGUGGAAGAAGCAAGUCCAAAGGCGCGCGGAUAAUUUGCUCGAACACCCACUGACAGCCAUGGACGGGCGCCACAAUCCAUUGACGACUCCCACCUUCUCGAUGGAAUUGGCCAAGCUUUGUAGACUUUCUGGUUCCGACCUGCAGGCGCGCCCUAUCACUCAGUACCCUUCGGUGGAUUUUUCGUAUUACAGUUCGUCCCGUUUCCAGAACGACCCAACCUCCAGCACACCUCAUUUCAUUCCCGUACCUGCAAGAAAUGGAUCCAAACGUAUCCGAGUCAGUGAACAAAACAAUGGGACGUCUCCAGCACACCCAACGGAGGGGUUACCUCUAGCAAUUGAGAAGAGUACAAACGCAUUCAAUUUUAACCGCGAGCUACUCGGCGUCGCCCUCGACGCUGCUGCAGUGCAAGACAGUCCCGGUGCAUCCGAACCCGAAAAGGAAGAACCUCCGGAAAUGUCCGACGACGAUGCAGACGACGAGAACGAACUCGACGCCUCGACCCCGACGACGACGACGACGACUCCUCGCUCGAGCGACGAUGGUGUCGAUGACGAGCCCGCCGAGUCAGAUCCAUGCGAUGUGCUGGGCAGCAAUGUGUUCCGCCUCAUCCUCGGCCUCCUCGAUUGCAAAACCCUGUGCAGGUGCUUGGCCGUGUCGGCGGCGUGGCAGCGAUGCGCGCAAGACGACUUCCUCUGGGCCGCGGCCUGCCAAGAAUUAUGGGCCGACAAAAUUCGCAUCCAUCCGGCCGCCCUCCUCCCCUCGACGCCGCGCCUCAAGGCCUUCCAGCUUUCUCUGGCCGACUCCCGACGGACAAGCAUCGAGGCGCGGGACCUGUGUACUGUCGUAUGGGAACUACGCUACAAAGAGCACACAGGAGAAUACUGGAAGCAACUUGACCCGUAUUAUCGAGGACUGCCCUUAAUGCGCCGCAUCUUUCACAAGGAUGGCCACAUCACGGCAGAACCUAUGGAUCAGAUCUGGGGCGGUCACGAAUGUUCGUGGACCUUGCGCAGAUCCAAGUCGAAGGCAGGACCACCUUUAGUGCGUAUUAACCACUGGCCCCCUCUCACGAUCUCGCGUACCCUUGCUUGGGGCUGGAAAAUGGAGAAUGCCUGGGUUGUCUACACCUCCACCUGUGAGACAGUCACGAGCAGCCCCAGCCCCACUUGAUACUGCACCGGCCUGAACGUCCUACCGAUAGAUUACUUGGUGUCAACUUUACGUCCUCAGUCAGACUUUGCACAUAUCACCACUAUACUCAGCUCGUCCGCCCUCUAUUUCAUGAUUGUAGAGAGGAAGAUGUCACCUCGCACGAUCUAAGAGAAAAGCAGUUGUUUGUAGACCGAGGAUUUUCAUUUCCCUUAAACGUUGAGAUCUAUUUGAGAGUAGAUGGAUUGAAGCGAACAAGAGUUGAGCUAGGUGAUUCAAAGCGCAGAUUUAGGAACGGUUACGAACGAUUUACAGUACCGUAUUGGUUUUUAUAUGAGAGGGUGAUGGCAACUUCGAGUAGAUGACCACCGAAAGUUUUCUUUAACUUUGUCAAUGUGGAAAAUGUCAAUUACUCUCAGUUUACUAAAUGAUGGACGUGCUUCGAACCUUCUGGAAAUUUCGUAGAGUGCAUUUUUGAGUAUGUAAUUUCGUCGAGAUAAAUGGAAGGCUAGAACUCGGAAGAUAUCUCUAAGCUGACUAACUUCAGGACCCACUGAUAAAUGGUCUCGAAUUCUCAAUCAGAUUUACCAACGUUCUCGUAAGAUUGCUUCUUGUACGUCUACAUGUAUCUCCCUCAUUAUCCAAAAAAGUAUAGAGUACUUGAGGGUCGUGUUGAGAUCAUACUUGAAAUUUGCUACAGACAG